AAAACUAUUGGUCAUGACACACCAUUAAUAAUCAGAUAUACAUUCCAAAUGAGAAAUGUACCAUCUACUGAUCUACAUUGUAGAAAUAUACAAUAGCAAAAUACUUUCCUUAUCUUGGAUCUUCCUUUUUGUUGUUUACCCAAAGCAAAUUUAAUAAUUCCCUAUGCCUCUGUGAGAGAAGAAUUCUUACUUCCAUUGGUAUUUGGAAGCUACAACACUCUAAAACAAACAAAAACUUCUUCUGCUUCUGCUUCUCAGCUUUCUUCAAGAAUCACACCCUUUCCUUUUAACUCUAAUUCCUCCAAUUCAAACUCUUCAAUUUAAAGCCCAUUUCCACACCCCCAAAACUCCGCUUUUCCGAGACACCAUUCUUGAAAUUUGCCAACUUUUCUUCUGUUGUUUCUCCCUUUUCCUCUUCUUCUCUCUUCAAAUAUGUAUGCAUUUGUCCCGCAGCUUUUGUUCGAGCUCAAAAUGUGCUCUUUGUUUUAAACACUAGCUUCAAAAGAAAUAAAAAUUCAUUCUUGAAAUGGAGAAGCUCCAAGUUUACGCUUUGCAUUUCAUGGUGGGAAGCUUAUUUCUUCUCUCAAAAUUUCAAGAAACCGUUGCUGAAACAGUUCUCGAGAGCGACAAGCAAGCAUUGUUGGAUUUGGCCGACAAGAUUCAUCUCCCCCGCCGCCGUUUGAACUGGGAUGAGCAGAGCUCAGUCUGCAAGAAUUGGACAGGAAUCGCAUGCAACGGAGACGGAAGCAGAGUGACGUCAGUGCGGCUACCGGGAAUCGGGUUUCACGGCCCGAUUCCGGCGAACACGCUCAGCCGGCUCUCAGCGUUGCAGAUCUUGAGCCUAAGAUCAAAUGGGAUUAAUGGGAGUUUCCCUCUCGAUUUGGGUAAUCUGAAAAACUUAACUUUUCUUUAUCUCCAGCACAACAAUUUUGGGGGCCCUUUGCCUUUGGAUUUCUCUCUUUGGAGGAACUUAACCAUCGUGAAUUUGUCUGAUAAUGGCUUCAAUGGUAGCAUCCCUCGCUCUAUAUCUGGUCUGAGCCAUCUUGUGGCUUUGAAUCUUGCUAACAAUUCGUUAACUGGUGAGGUUCCUGAUUUGGAGUUGCCAAAUUUACAGCUGCUCAAUUUGUCAUACAAUGAUCUGGUUGGUAGUGUGCCUGGGCCAAUGCAGAGGUUUCCAAAGUCUGUGUUUGUGGGCAAUAGUGAGUCUCUGUUAGAUUACAACGUUAGCAUUGUUUUAGCUCCUCGUGAGCAUAAUUCGAGGGGCAAGAAUGUGGGGAGGCUAAGUGAGAAGGCAUUGCUUGGGAUUGUCAUAGCUGGUUCUAUUUUGGGGAUCCUUGGCUUUGGUUUUAUGUUGCUUGUUUGCAUUCUUAGGAGGAAAACCGUGGAGGGUUUCCCCGGGGAAUUGGAGAAGGGGAACAUGUCACCGGAGAAGGCAAUCUCGCGUGGCCAAGAUGCUAGCAAUAAGUUGGUUUUCUUUGAGGGGUGUAACUAUGCAUUUGAUUUGGAGGAUUUGCUGAGGGCUUCUGCUGAGGUGUUGGGGAAGGGCACGUUUGGGACGGCCUAUAAGGCCAUUCUUGAGGAUGCUACAAUGGUGGUGGUGAAGAGGUUGAAGGAUGUCAGCGUGGGCAAGAGGGAGUUCGAGCAGCAAAUGAGCAUAAUUGGAGGCAUCAAACAUGAAAAUGUAGUUGAGCUGAGGGCUUACUACUACUCCAAGGAUGAGAAGCUUAUGGUUUAUGAUUACUUCGGUCAAGGCAGCGUAGCUUCAAUGCUACAUGGAAAGCAAGGAGAUAGUAAGACUCAUCUAGACUGGGAAGCCCGGAUAAAGAUAGCCAUUGGUGCUGCAAAGGGCAUAGCUCGUAUCCACGCAGAAAACAGUGGGAAACUAGUUCAUGGAAACCUCAAAUCGUCGAACAUAUUUCUAAACCGUAAGCAGUUUGGUUGCGUAUCUGAUCUCGGCCUAUCAACAAUAAUGAGUGCACUGUCUCCACCAAUAGCCCGUGCUGCUGGUUACCGUGCUCCAGAGGUGACAGAUACACGUAAGGCAAUGCAGCCUUGUGAUGUCUACAGCUUCGGAGUGAUCCUACUCGAACUCCUCACUGGUAAGUCCACGGUCCACACCAACAACGGGGAUGAGAUCGUCCACUUGGUCCGUUGGGUCCAUUCCGUGGUUAGAGAGGAAUGGACAGCAGAAGUCUUUGAUGUGGAACUGCUGAGGUAUCCGGAUAUAGACGAGGAGCUGGUGGAGAUGCUGCAGAUAGCAAUGGCUUGCGUCGCGAGAGCUGCGGAGCAGAGACCUAAGAUGCCGGAGGUCGUGAAGAUGCUCGAGAACGUUCGACCAGAGCCCAGAAAUCGGGCACCGGAACCUUCUUCAGCUGGUGCUUAAGAGGUUUCAUGCAUGAUAUGGUGUUUGGUUCACUGCCUUGGUGGCCAAAGUUGAGAGAGUUUUCUAAGUUUAUCUCAGUUUAAAGGUUAUAGUUAGGGUUGGUUAUAUUAUGUAACUUAUGUUGUAUGUUAUGCCUUUCUUCAUUUUUUUCUUUUUUUGGUUUAUUUUGUAUGUAUGUGAAACAGACAGAUUAUUAUUGCCUCUAUAAAUCAUCAAUAGCAUAGCUCCCUCAAA